GUCGCAGCCUCCUCCUCCCUCUCUCCAAGCCGUUUUGAGUUUUCAGUUACUAUCUCUUACUUCUCCCCAUUUUCAUUAUUUAUUCAUCCAUGAAAAAAAGCCGCCGAUUUCCCAAAAAGCCAUCUGCAAAACUCUUGAUCAAUGAAUCCCAUGGCGGCUGCUUCCGCUGCUGUUGAUCAAAGUUAGUAGUAAUAGUGACUAAUUAUUUAUCGCCGGUCAAUCAAAGUCACCGCCGCCGUCACUGUUUAGUCAAGAUUGAUUGGUUGAUUGAUCUCGUAGCAUUAACUUCUUUCACUCACUAUGACUGACUCCCGAACUUCCACCUCUUCUUCCUCCGACUCCUCCGGCACCCUCCCCGUCCCUCCGCCGAAUGGUGUGCAGGGUCGGAUUAGUGCAGAUGGCAGACAUGCACUACCUCCAGAUGUCUCACGCCAAUGGCGGGAUGUGUUUUGGUUAGCUUUGUUUGUCUUGCACUUGAUUUUGGUAGGUUUUGUUCUUGGGGUACUAGGAUAUAAUAGGUUUAAGACGAAGGAUAGGCUCAACAUCGAUAAGUAUACGAUGGGAUUUCUUGAGAAUCAAGCAGGAUUGACAGAGGAUUAUUGGCCAAUGUAUGCUUUGGCUGCUGGCGUGGGGACAAUUCUCGGGUGGAUCUGGUUGUCUUUAUUGGGUUCACUUGCAAAUGGAAUGAUGAAGAUAGCAGUUCACUUCUUGACUACUUAUCUUGCGGUUAUCAGUGUGUUGUGCUUUUGGGGGAAGCAGUUUGCCUGGGGUGUUGUAUUUGCCAUUGGUGCAGCCUUGCAGUUCUUAUAUGUCAUCUCUGUCAUAGACAGACUUCCAUUUACCAUGCUUGUUUUACGAAGAGCUGUCAAGAUGGUAUGGAGUCUACCUGAAGUUAUGGGGGUUUCAUGUGGGUUUAUGCUAGUUAUGCUUCUUUGGUUGGCACUGUGGUCCUUUGGAGUAGCUGGUGUUGUAGCUUUAAGCUUAGGUGACAGUGGGCGCUGGUGGCUUCUUUUGGUUUUCUCUAUCAGUUUGUUCUGGACUGGAGCGGUUCUUUGUAACAUCGUUCAUGUUAUAGUAUCAGGAAUGGUUUUUCUUGUUCUUAUUCAUGGUGGUCGAGAUGUAGAAUCAAUGCCUUCCAAGCCACUUGUGAAUUCGUUGCAGUUUGCUAUGACAAAAUCUUUUGGCAGCAUUUGCUAUGGAUCACUGUUUACAGCUGCUAUUCGGACAUUGCGCUGGGAGAUUAGGGGAAUCAGGUCAAAGAUUGGAAAUAACGAGUGUUUACUCUGCCUUGUGGAUUUCCUGUUUCAUUUGGUGGAGACUUUAGUUCGAUUUUUCAACAAGUAUGCUUAUGUCCAGAUUGCAGUUUAUGGUAAAAACUUCAACCACUCAGCUAGAGAUGCGUGGGAGUUAUUUCAAUCAACAGGUGUCGAAGCACUUGUUGCCUACGAUUGUUCUGGUGCUGUUCUACUAAUGGGCACUGUCUUGGGUGGGCUCGUGGUUGGAACUUGUUCAGGAGUUUGGACAAGGAUUCACCAUCCAGACAGGGUGAUAAUGGUGGGAUCUACAGCCAUGUUAAUAGGAAUGAUCUUGGUUGGAUUGGCGAUGGUGGUUAUAGAAAGUGCUGUAACGUCCAUAUACAUUUGUUAUGCAGAAGAUCCGUUGUUGAUACACAGGUGGGAUGCAGAAUUUUUCCUCCAGAUGUCAGAGACGCUUCACCAACGCCUUCAACACAGAAGUGCAAGGGCAAGGGAAGUGCUGCGUAGAUUCGACGGUCAAACACAGCAAACACUAGCUGCUUGAGGCUUCCAUUUUGUACUAGCUGCAUAGGCUAACUGUUUAUAGCUAGUGACCCAUACUGUUAUAAAUGCACCCUUACCAAUUUUAUUUUGAUCAUCAUUGUCUGCAUGCUAGGCUUCUUCAGCUUAGUCUUCCAAGAAUUUUGAGAUUUGGAGCAGGUAUCUUUUUGGAGCA